AUGCAAUCAAGUCUUGAAGAAAUCCAUGAACAACACCGACGUGCCGGCAGACUCUUCCAGGAGCUCUUGUCGACUAAACCUCAGCAAUCCAAAAGUCUGUCACAGGAGCCGCCAAACCUGAAGAAUAUGCACAUGUUCCUCCCACCAUUCCUCAAAUCCAGUCAAGUAGCGAAAGUUGAAAAAGUGGAAGUGAUCACCGAGAUUAAAGAUAAUAAACCUGUGCUGACUUAUCAGUUUAAAUGGAUUGAGAAAUAUGAGAAACCCCCUGCGGCUGCUGAGACGGCCUCCUCAGAAACUGACGUCCCGGCUCCGUUGGUCAAGAAAAAGUCGUCGAUGAUGAAGAUUUCUGGAAGUAAAAUUGAUAGGAAUCAUUACCAAUGUCUUCCUGUUGGUGAUCUGGUUCCGAGUCAUCUGGCCCAUACUCCAAAGAUACUUCUUGUGCAUGCUCUUGUAAGCCUCUACCAAGCCAGACUCGACACAGACCUUGUUUAUCAUGUAUUCCAAAUAAAGAUUCCGCAAAAAUCAUGUUGUAAUAAAAAAGGCAGAGUGAAGAAAAAAUAUGUGCUCUGCGAUGGUCCAUGCGGUAAGAUAGUCCCACAAAAAGACACCAGCCAGUUCGGAUGUGACCAUGUGAUUUGUGACACUUGUCUCAAGAAGAACGCGAGUGCCGCGUUGUUCGAUGGAUCACCGGGCUGUUGUAAUGAGACGUGUGUCAAGUUGGCUGGCGAUAAGGUGUGUUCAGGGCAAUCGGAUUCGAAACCAUCGGUGUGUACGCAACUCGGCGCAGUUGAGGUCAUCCCAACCUACGUCUCCAUCAUGAAGAAUUUUGGACGUGACAUUCUUCGUACCGAAGUGGAAUUCGAGUUCUCCUCGUCGGCUCGUCUCUCGGUGAUCCUCAAAAGUUUGAAACGUUAUGAAGCCCUUCUUACCAACUCUCGUUUCUACUAUUGCACCUACAAACCGUCUCGUUGUUCCGACCUCUUCCCGAUUGCACUCAACGACACUAAUCUUCGUUUCUACGAUAUUGUCAAUAUGAAGUCACCGGCACCUGUGCUCUAUUUGAUUGUCAUGGGAAAGGAUAUUCAUUUUAUUGAUUCGAAAUCCUGA